GUUCCACUCAGAUCAACAGUAUCAUGUCGACGGAUCUCACCUAUCUUUGGCCAGUCGUCCACGACGCUGUGCACCAGUUUGCGUCGUCGCCUCUCCUUCCUUUGAUUCAUGCUGUGGGAGUUGCGUAUCAUCUGAGGAAAGCCUUCCCGCCGCAAAAGGACGAGCCGUUCUUACAAGGAUUCCUCCGCCAUAUACUUGUUGCACUGGGCGGUGGAACUUUGGCAGCCAUCUUGACUGCUCGGCCGGUUCCGAUCUUGUUGUCCAAUAGUUUGUUACCACUAUACACACUCGGUCACAUUGCCGUCUUUUACACGCCUUUCGUCUACACUAUCCUACGAGCAAUCUACUUCACGUUCGAGCCUCUUUGGAUUGUCACCGAUGCUUUCGCUCGCUCCUGGGCAUUAUGCUACGGAUUAGAUGGAUUCCGCGCGCACCCAACAUACGGGGCUGUCGCCAGGGAAGCGAUUAUAGGACAGUUAGCAUUAGGUGUGGUGAGUGUGACCGCUGGGGGAAUUAUGUUCAAGUGGUUUACAGGCAUCAAGAGAUAUCACUAUCCUGGAUGGAAUUUCUCGGUAGUGAUUCUUGCGACGACCUUCUAUGUUGCAUUUGUAAACGAAGAGCUGAAGGCCGCUGCAGUAGAGCACAUUAGGCCUUUGAGCGUCUACGGGAAGAAGGUUGGCGUUCCGGAGGUUCUGGGGAGCGGAGAUAUGCGGAUUAUCUGUGGGCUGGUUAUGGCUGUUGGAUUUCUUUUGGGUGAGAUGGUCCCCGUCUCAAACUCGAAAACCCAGCUUCCUCCAAAAGUGGUUGUGAAAUCCAAGGUUGCUCCGAGCAAGUCUGGCAAAAAGGACUGAGGCAUAAUCUAGAAACACUAGAAAGUCAGUUUGAUAGAAUCCAUCAAUAUAUCUAUGGCAAAUUACGAUGGGAAACAACAAACUUUGCUCCGUGUUCUGUUAAAAAGGCAUGGCUGCUUUGUUCGUUCCAUGGUCACAAAGUACAUCAAAAUAUAUUCAGCACAAGAAACG